AUGUUUAACUUACAAACAGGACCGAAAGAAGUAUUUCCAUACAACUACUACAGCAGUGUUUUGUUAGCAAAUGACAACAGAACUGGUGUCAUUUCUGAAGCAUGUAAGUUUAUCCGGGAUGCAGAUACAUUCAUGAAAAACAUAGAUUCCAUCAAAGGUUGCAGAAUAGAUGAGAACCACUUCGACUUAGAAAAGUAUAGCACAUUUUAUUGCAAACAAGAUGUAAGAAUUUUAAGAGAAGGUUUUGUUAAGUUCCGCAAUGACAUAUUGAAAGAAUUUGAUUUAAACGUUUAUGACUACGUUAGUAUUUGUUCAAUUGCUAACAAAUUAUUUGAGAACAGAGUGUACUUCCCGAAUGGAAAUUUAUAUGACCUCUCAAAUAAACCAAGAGAAUUUAUUUCACGCUGUAUUCAAGGUGGAAGAUGUAUGCUGUCAGAUAACAUUAAACAAAAGAGCGAAAAGAAACUCAUUGCUGAUUUCGACGCUGUUUCAUUAUAUCCAUCAGCUAUAGCAAGACUUUAUACUUUAGAAGGUAUUCCAAAGGUUAUGAAAAAAGAAAUGUUAAGCACAGAGUAUCUCAUGAGACAUUUAUUCGAUGACGACCAAAAGGAACCCAUUGGUGAAAAGUUUAUGUCCGGCUUCUUUGUUCUCAUUAAGAUAACAGAGAUUGGAAUACAUAGACACUUUCCUUUAAUAGUUUGUGACCCUGAACUAAAUCCAGAACUUAACGUUCCCAGAAGUUCAAACACUUGCUGUUUAAUGUAUGUUGACCAUAUAACAUUACAAGACCUCAUAAAAUAUCAAGGUGUCAAAUGUGAAGUGUUGCAAGGAUACUAUUACGAUGGAAACAGAGAUAUUAGAAUAAGAGAUGAAGUAAAGAAGUUGUUUGAGUUAAGGUUAAAGUAUAAGAAAGAAGGAAAUCCUUUGCAAGAAAAUAUAAAGCUCAUUCUGAACAGUAUUUAUGGCAAAACUAUUCUAUCUCCUAUUGAGUCAAAAAUAACCAUAGUAAAUGACAAAGAUGCUAUAAGAUAUGCCAUCAGAAACUACAACCAUAUAGUGAAGUUCGAAGGUUUGGAUGGUUCAGAUAAAACUAUUUUCAAGCUAACGAAAAGCAUUUGCAGACACUUUAACUUCUGUCCACUUGGUGUUAACAUUCUGUCUAUGUCGAAGAGAAUAAUGUGUGAAGUAUUCUGUACUGCUGAAGACUUAGGAAUGGACAUCUUUUAUAG